UCACUGAAAGCGGUCUCCCGCUCCGCGGCUCGCGGUGCCGGCCGGCUUCUCCCGGAGAAAAGCAGCUCGAAGGGCGUGGGUACGGUGCCGCGCGGGACUGGUGAGGCUGCUCUGUGCUCUCAGCCCCGCCGGAGUCCGCUCACUGCCGCGCGGCAGGCGCCCCGCCCGCCAUGGGAACGCUCGCUGAGGCGGCGGGAGCGGCGGACGGGUCCGCUGAUUUCCCGGAAGCCGCGGCCGAGAGCAGACGUGUCGCUGCCAUGGCGGACGGAGCGCGGGUAGAGCUGCUGGAGCGCCGCGUGCGGGAGCUGGAGCGGGAGCUGGAGCUGGCCCGGGGCGGGCGGGCUGCGGCGCGGGCCCGCAUCGAGACCAUGAGCUCGGAGGUGACGGACUCCAACCCCUACAGUCGCUUGAUGGCAUUAAAAAGAAUGGGAAUUGUCAAAGAUUAUGAGAAAAUCCGUACUUUCACAGUUGCAGUAGUAGGUGUGGGUGGAGUUGGCAGCGUGACUGCUGAGAUGUUGACAAGGUGUGGCAUUGGUAAGCUUCUUCUGUUUGAUUAUGACAAAGUGGAACUGGCAAACAUGAACAGACUCUUCUUCCAACCUCAUCAAGCUGGAUUAAGUAAAGUGCAAGCAGCAGAGCAUACCUUGAGAAAUAUUAAUCCAGAUGUGCAGUUUGAAGUACAUAACUACAACAUCACAACACUGGACAAUUUUGAACACUUCAUGGAUAGAAUAAGUAACGGUGCACUAGAGGAAGGGAAGCCUGUUGAUCUUGUUCUAAGCUGUGUGGACAACUUCGAAGCUCGCAUGGCAAUUAACACGGCCUGCAAUGAACUUGGACAAAUCUGGAUGGAAUCUGGAGUGAGUGAAAAUGCAGUGUCAGGACACAUACAGCUGAUUGUUCCUGGUGAAUCUGCUUGUUUUGCGUGUGCUCCUCCACUUGUAGUUGCUGCAAAUAUUGAUGAGAAAACAUUAAAACGAGAAGGAGUUUGCGCAGCUAGUCUUCCAACAACGAUGGGUGUUGUGGCUGGAAUUCUUGUACAGAAUGUUCUGAAGUAUCUUUUAAAUUUUGGUACUGUGAGUUACUAUCUUGGCUACAACGCAAUGCAGGAUUUCUUUCCAACUAUGGCUAUGAAGCCAAAUCCACAAUGUAGUGAUCCAAAUUGCAGGAAACAGCAAGAAAAUUAUAAGAUAAAAGAAGCUGCACAACCAAAACAAGAAGAAAUAGAUCAGGAAGAAGAAAUAGUGCAUGAAGACAAUGACUGGGGCAUUGAAUUGGUAUCAGAAACUACGGAAGAUGAGCUGAAGGCUGCUUCUGGUCCAGUACCUGAUCUUCCUGCGGGAAUUACUGUAGCAUAUACUAUCCCAAACAAGGAAGAGAAUCUGACAGGUGAAGAAACAGUGGCCGAAUCUGAAGAAAGUCUGGAAGAACUCAUGGCCAAAAUGCGGAACUUGUAGCAAAACUGAAAUGGAACUGUUACAUAGGUGGGAAGGAGAUAGACUUAUCCUUGUUUAUAUUUCCUUGUCUUUUCAUGGUUUUAACAUACAGAGUUGAGCUACUGUAAGUUUUAAUUUUUCAGCAUUGCUGGAGUCCAGAUAAUCAAUGGAAAAUUAAAGGAGAUGGAUGAGCUAAAAAAAAUAAAAGUAUGCAUAGCAUGUUAUAUGCGAUAUCAGGCUAUGAAAAUAUAGUGUGGGACAAAUGAAAGAUGAAAUCUGCUGGCUGGAGUGGAUAGAAUAGGUCAAGGGCAGCUGACAGCACCGCACUCAUUGCGACUUUUGAUAUUCCAUGCACUUGAGCUAGGUUGUUCACUGGACUCUGUUUAAAAGUCUUGGCAUGGAUUACGUUGUAUGUAUUUUCAGUGGGUAAAUGUAACAUUUCAGCCUUUUAAUCAGCCUUAAACAUUCCUGGUAUGGAUAUAUAUAGAUGUUAAACUUCCAUGUUUUUUUCAUUUUUUACUACUGCUUGUUCAUAAUCAGCUGCCUGUAUGUGAUAAUAUUUUGAGUAUGAAGACUCAUAGGAGUUUUUUGUUAGCAGGUAAUUAGGCGUUUAACAGGCUGCAUUUUGGCAUGUCACCACUUCAGCAGGUGGAUGCUUUCCAUGGCAAAAUCUGUAAGAAUCAAUAGUAACACUGGGAUGCACGGGAGAUUUUUCUCUCUCUGAAAAUCAACUGUUUUAACUGGUUUCUGAACUAUCCCCAUCAUAUGGGCUAUUUAAUGUACUUAAUCUACGUUUGUAUAGGAAAGCUUCUAAAAUCAGAUGCUCUAAAGGUUUAGUGUUGCAAAUAUCUAAGUUGAGUGGCUGAGCUACUGUAUUUGUCCUGUAAAUAACAUUAAGGCAGUGGUAUUUACUUUAAAUUAUCAUGUGUUAAACUGACCUGUAAGUGUACACGUUAUGUAGUGCCAGUACCCUACAGACCUGGAAGUACCAAUUUCAGAUAUUUCAGCUAUGGAUGUCUGAUCCAGAACUUUAUUACUACUUAGAUUUGGCUUAGAAGAAUGUAAAUUGUAGUAUCUCUGGUGAUGCAAAUACUUCUAACUUAGGCUGUCCACAAAACCUUUCUGCAGCACAGUGUAGCUAAGGUAGGAUCUGCCUGUAUGUGUGAGCAGCCUUAUCCAAACAACAGGUAAAAAGAGUAAUAUUUUGGAGGUGCUUCUGUCUCUUAUGGUAGCUUGCAUAAAACGUUGGUUCUGAUUUCAUAGGAAUGAUUACAAGCUUCCAAAUGUGUUUCCUCCACAGCUAAUACAAGAUUAUGUUAUGUAUACAAAGAUCAUCUUAGAAGUUAGUGAGGGCUUUUUCUAGGGGAGGGGCACAUUGUUCUGUAAAAUGAAAGACGGUUUUAGAUUGAGUUCAGUUUUGCAGAAAACAUUUAAGAAAUAAAUUGUAAAGAGGAAAGGGAAAUAUGGAGAUCAUAAAAAAGGUGCAUACUUGAAUCAGUGUCAGUAAUCCGUUAACACGGUCUAAGUGUUAAUUAAAGCAUUACAUUCCUUUGUGAGAUACUUUACCUUUCUAUUGGGAACAGUAAAAGUGAGGCACACACUUGACUUGGGAGAUUGAGGAAAACGGUUCUCUCAUUUCUGCAAGUUUAACUAAACUGGGCUCUUAGCUACUUGGCUGACAGGACUACUGCCGCAUGAUAGCUUUACGGGAGGUAACUGUUUUACCUCCUGUAAACCAUUUUACUUCAUCUGUAGUUCUGUGAGCAAAUUAAUACGUUUUUGUUUGUGCACUUUCAAAGUAUGCAAAUACUCCUGUGUUACUUUCAGAUGUUCAACCGCAUAUACAGGAAGAAUUUGAAGCAGAAACUAUUUGGAGAAGGUUGUUUGUUUCAGUGGUUAAAAUUAUUUAGAAAUAAGCAGCAUCAGGACAAAAACAAAAAGCAGCUUUAAGAAUCUUUUUUCAGUUAAAAAGACAUUUACAAGUAUAAUGUUUUCCAUUAGGUUUUAUGGUUGGAAUAUUUAUUACUUCUUUUGUCAUCAACUAACAAAUUAAACGUAUUGCAAUGUUUUAGUCUGGCUUUGUUUGUUGGCGAUCUUAUAAACAAAGGUUUCUGUUUUCACUGUGUAUCAUGAAUGUUACUGAAAUGUUGAUAUUCUGUUCAUGUGAUUAAAUCUCCAUUGAAACUGAAGACUUUCUUUUUUGGGGUGGAACUCUCUAUAAAAGUAUUAAAUAAAUCACAACGUUUGGCUUAUACUAGA